AUGGCGCCCAAACUCGACGCACUCCAGUUUCUCGACUACAUCCGGGACUUCAACAACAUGGACUACCCGGCCCAAUACGCUUUCUACAUAGACGACGUCGUUCUCAACCUCCCGGACCCGACGGUCGGUUCAUUGAGGGCAAGAAGGCCGUCACCGACAACUACACCGCCACAUGAAUGGAUCAGCUACAGCAGCAACACUACGCCUUGA